CUACCGCAUGUGGGGUGUUUGGUGGAAUGCCCAUGAGCUAAACAGCUUGCUAAUAUAACUUUGCGGUAGCUCGUUUCACGAUGUGAGUGCCAAUCAUCGGGGUCACGGUGUUGGGACUGUUCUAGUGCUAGCCAUGCUUAGCGAUAGCAAGUUAGCAACAAAUACUACUAUUAUUGUUCUUCCUGUGGUGAUAAUUACUAGGCAAUGUCAGUUCUACGCUUCUAUUUAUACACAUGCCGUGUUUCUUAAGUGAUGACUAAUUUUAACUACACUAAGUAGUACCCCCUCACUCUAAAUCAUCAGUUAUUCCAACUUUUUUUGAGAGUCAAAUCAUCUCAAGUUUGACUUAAAUUAUAAAAAAAGGAUUAUAAAGAUUUUUUACAUUAAAUAUAUAUAGUGUAAAAAUAUAAUUAAUGUAGAAUUUAAUUAUGCUUAUUUGGUAUUAUAAAUGUUAUUGUUUUAUUAUAUAAAUUUAGUUAAGCUUAUGUUUUGGUUCUCCAAAAAGGUUAGAAUGACUUAGAAUUUAGGAUGUAGAGAGUAUACCAUCUUCCCUUUUUUUUCCUUGACUGGCUGAGAACAUCCAGGCACCUCAAACCUUGAUUUGUUAUUUUUAGGGCGACGGUGUUGGGGGCGAAGACACCAUCGCCCGUGUUUUACUUGCCCCUGUUGCAUGGCCAUUAGCCAUUCACCGCCGAUGCUUGGUUCCUAAAUCUGCUCCCAUUUGCCCUGCAAAAUUUGCUAUUUUUUUCAUCUUUCUGCCUCGCAGACCUCUUCUGAAGAGGUCCUAUUGGAUGGAUAGCGCAAGAAAUUUGAAGGUGUCAACGCACUCAUAAAGAACACACAACUCCUGAAGAGAUUCGUAUGAGCAACAAAAGCAGCAAGGCGUAUCAGAGAAAACGCUAGGCAAAGGGCGAACAAAGAAAACCGUCACAUAUUACAGUUUAAUCAGGAAAAUGGGUUUGUCAAUCUCAUAUCCACCAGAUGACUAUUUGCCUGAGGAUGAUGAUGAUGAUGAUGAUGAUGGUAUUGACAGGCUGUUUGUGCGGUCUCUAAGCUUUGAUAAUCUCAACACACAUGAUACCCUUGAAUCACCAACAGCAUUGCUCGAUGCACUGACCUCCAAGAGGCUCAUGGUGAGAGGCUCUUUAAGAUUCGAAAGAAGGGAGGGUGAUCCAUUUCAAGUUGAAACAACGUUAUCAAUGGUGAGUCCUAAACCUGCAAAGAAGAGUUACAACUACAAGCCUAUAGUCCUGCCAAGAUAUAAGUCCACAGAGAACCUACCACCAGAUUCUCCGGUAAUUGGGAUGGUCAGCCCAGUGCACCAGGCUGCAGCAAUAAGAGUGCAGAAGGUGUACAAGAGCUUCAGAACAAGGCGGCAGCUUGGUGAUUGUGCUGUUCUUGUUGAACAACGCUGGUGGAAACUACUUGAUUUUGCAUUGCUCAAGCGCAAUUCAGUGUCAUUUUUCGAUGUACAAAAGCCUGAGUCGGCCCUCUCGAGGUGGUCUCGUGCCAGAAUGAGAGCUGCCAAGGUAGGAAAAGGUCUUUCCAAGGAUGAAAUGGCUCAGAAGCUCGCACUGCAACACUGGCUUGAAGCAAUUGAUCCUCGACAUCGGUAUGGUCACAACCUCCACUACUACUACCAAUACUGGCUACACUGUGAGAGCAAACAGCCUUUCUUUUACUGGUUGGAUAUAGGUGAAGGAAAGGAGGUUAAUAUUGAUGAGCACUGUCCAAGAUGGAAGCUGCUGCAGCAAUGCAUCAGGUACCUUGGCCCGAAAGAAAGGGAGUCCUAUGAGGUCGUGGUUGAGGAUGGAAAGUUUAUGUACAAACUGAGCCAGAAAAUCGUCGACACAUCUGAAGGCCCCAGGGAUGCAAAAUGGAUCUUCGUGCUGAGCACAACGAGAGCUCUAUACAUCGGUACGAAGAGCAAGGGCACAUUUCAGCACUCCAGCUUCCUCGCCGGUGGAGCCACAUCUGCUGCUGGCAGACUGAUUGUAGAGGAUGGAAUUCUAAAGGCUGUCUGGCCACAUAGUGGGCACUACCGCCCCACGGAGGCAAACUUUCGUGAGUUCAUGAACUAUCUGAAGAACAGGAACGUGGAUCUUACAAAUGUCAAGCUGAGCCUGUCAGAAGGUGAGGAGGACGAGUGGUUCAGGCACAGGGCCAGUAGCCUCUCCCAGCUUAACAACACGGAGAGCAGCCACCCCACGAGUGCAGAAGACUCCAAGUCCCACUCCCACCCCGCUGGCGCUGCUGACAAAGGCAAUGACACUACACCAGGCACGCCACCAUCCACGAGCCAUGAUAAAACAACGACCAGCGCAGCGACAUCAGGCACGCCGGCCAUGAAGAGGUCCUCGUCGGGCAGCAAGCUGCAGCGCAAGAGGCCUCCACGGCUGGCAGUGAGCAAGAGCCGGCUGGGCAAGGGCAGCGGGGAGCAGGGCGCGGGCGCGUUCGGGGACUGCCUAAACUUCUGCAAGGAGAACCUGUUCCGGGGCGGCGAGGGCGACGGCGAGGGCGGCUGCGAGGGCGAGGAGAUGGUGGUGGUGCCGCAGGAGAAGAUCCUGCACCGCAUCAACUCCAAGAUGAGCCUGCACUCUUACCAGCUCGGGAACCAGCUCUCGUUCCGCUGGACCACCGGCGCCGGGCCCAGGAUCGGGUGCGUCCGGGACUACCCGCCGGAGCUGCAGUUCCGGUCGAUGGAGCAGGUCAGCCUGUCGCCGCGCGGUGGCGCCGAGCACCCUAGGUUCGGCGGCACGCCUCCCCGCCAGAGCCCGUGCGCACCGCUGGUGCCAUCAACGCCCGGAGGCCCCGUGUCGCCGCUGUACGGUCACGGUGGGGCGGGGACACCUUCGCCGCGGCUGCAACACGGUGCUGCCUAGAGGCACGGUAACGUAUCUAGUGGCACGCCACUUCACCAUGAGUCAUGACCCAUGACCCAUGAGGCUUGAAGCCGUGACGAGGCGGAACCAGCCAGCCGGCCAGAUGGACAAGUAGGGCGAAGUUUUUUCUCCUGAUGAUGAGAAGCAAGAACAAAUGUUUCAAUAUAAAACAAACGGACGAAUGAUUAAACAAAUAAAAAGGCGGCUCAUUAUUUUACUAUACUACAUACGCUUAUAUAGCACAUUUGUGAAACAAAACUAUCAAUUUGAACUGUUCAAGAGUUUAAAGUAAGGUAUUGGAUCAUCUGUUGUCAAUU